AUGAGGUGCAACACCAUACCAUUUAAUGCUAUUGACAAUGAUGAGUUUGUACAAAUGUGUGAAGCAAUUGGUCAAUUUGGUGUUAGAUUUGAACCUCCUUCUCAAGAUCAUUUAAGGGAGGUUUUGUUGAAUGAGGAAUAUGCAAGAACCAGGAACGUGAUGCUGGUGAAGAAUGGAUGCUCUAUCAUGACUGAUGCCUGGUCUGAUAAGAAAAGGAGAAGCAUAAUGAACUUGUGCAUGAAUUGUGCUGAUGGAACAAGUUUUAUCAGCUCAAAGGAGAUGUCAGAUGUGUCACACACAAGUGAAGUCAUCUUUGAACUAGUGGACAAAGCAAUUGAAGAAAUUGGCCCUGAUGAUGUAGUGCAAGUAGUGACUGACAAUGCUUCUAAUAACAUGGGAGCAAAGAAGUUGUUGCAUGAGAAGAGACCAAACAUAUUUUGGACCUCAUGUGCAACUCACACAAUAAACUUGAUGCCGCAAGGAAUUGGCAGCCAAAAGAGGUUCCAGAAGGUACAUACUAAGAAAAGAAAUAGGCUAACUAUAGCCCGCCUAAACUCUCUUGUCUUCAUACAAUUCAAUUCCAAACUCAUGAGCAGGAGACAACAGAUUAAGUCAAAGAAGAUUACUGAUGUUCUCUUAUCCAAUGAUGUCAUGCAAGCUCAAGGUUUCAUAUUUGAUGGUGAAGAUGAGUGUGCAACAGUUGUCUAUGAGGAUGAUGAUGAAGAAGAAAUGCCCGGUACAGGGAUACGUUGGACUGUUAUUGGAGAAGCAAUGGGAGCAAGUGAACAACUAGAGUUGCGUCGAAGUUCAAGAAUAAGAGAGUUCUAUGCAGAAGAGGAAUUUGAUUAUGAAGAAGAGGAAUUUGACAACGAGGAUGGGCUAGAUGGCAUGGAUGAAGAUGAAUGA